AUGGCCUCCCAGGAUGCCGGCAGCGCGACCCCAAUUCCAACCACGGAAACCGCUCCAGAUGCGCCAGACAGCGACAUUCCAGAGGAGAAAUGGAAGGCCAUGCAAACAGUCCUGAACAAAGUCUACAACCACAGGAUGGAAGAUGGCUACGACCCGUCCAAGCUCUUCCAGCGCAAGAUCAACAAACGCCAAGUUCCCGAUUACUACGAAGUCAUUAAGGAGCCAAUGGCCCUGAGCAUUAUCAAGCAAAAGGUCCAUGGCAGAGAGUACACGAGUUUCGAGGAAUAUGUCCGCGACUUUAGCCUCAUUACCUACAACGCCCAGGUCUACAACCGUCAGGAAUCCCAGGCACACCAAGAUGCGCUCGUUAUCAAGGAGUUCUUCGAGGCGGAGCUGAAGCGCUUGAUUGAAGAGAAGGUUAUCGUCGAGGACGAGGCGAAGAUACCGUAUCUGGGCGAGAUUCCCACCUAUGAGGAUCCUGCGCCGGAGGAGCCCGAAGAGGAAGAAGAGGAGGAGGAAGAGGAAGACGACGAGGAGGACGAUGAAGAGGAUGAAGAUGAGAAACCGAGACGCAAACGAGGAGGCCCCAGGUCCACCGCUGCCAUCACAAAACGCGAGGGCGGCGGGAAGGAUGAUACCAAGGAAAAGGCGGCGAAUGACGCCGAGUCGCGCAAGAAGAGAGGACGCCCACCGCGGGUCGACACUCCGAUGGAAGCUCGGAUCAAGGCCAUCAUGAAGGCCAUUCGGAAGCCUAGGAACGAUCAGAACCAGUUGAUGGUCAGCCAUUUCGAGCGCGUCCCCGACAAAUCCGUCAUGCCCGAGUACCACAACGAAAUCAAAUACCCUAUGGCCAUGGACGGCCUCAAGAAGAAGCUCAAGAGGAAGAAGUACCAGUCCAUCGACCAGUUCAUGAAGGAUGUCGAAAUCAUGUUCGAAAACGCCAAGUCGUACAACCAGGACGAAAGCCAAAUCUACAAGGAUGCCGUGUACCUGCAGAAAGAAGCUCGCAAGGCUGCUGAAGAAGAAAAGAAGAAGCCAGACUCCGAUUACCUCAUGGAAGAUGGCCGGAUACCGAUGCCCGAAGGCAUUCUGCAUAACGGCGAGUGCUGGAGGGUUGGCGACUGGGUGCACAUCCAGAAUGCCAACGAUCUCACCAAGCCUAUCGUCGCUCAAAUAUACCGAACCUGGCAAGAUUCCGAGGGCGGCAAGUGGGUCAAUGCCUGCUGGUACUACAGACCAGAGCAGACUGUGCAUCGCUUUGAUCGCCAUUUCUACGAGAACGAGGUCGUCAAGACCGGACAAUACCGUGACCACCCCAUUGACGAGGUCAUUGAUCGUUGUUUUGUCAUGUUCUUCACGCGCUACAACAAGGGCCGGCCAAGGAGCUUCCCCGCAGACAAGGAGAUCUACGUCUGUGAGGCGCGUUACAACGAAGAGAAACACAAACUGAAUAAGAUCAAAACAUGGGCCAGUUGUUUGCCUGACGAGGUUCGGGACAGAGAUUAUGAGAUGGACUUGUUUGAUGCACCGCGCAAGAUUAAAAAGGUGCCAAGCCCCAUCGCCUAUCUGCUGAAGGACGACGCAAAGGAAAGCGACCCUCUACCGGAACCUGAAUGGGGGGCAGCAAACGCCCCGCCAAAGAUCGGUGCAGUUCAUAAACGCCCUCGAGACCCCAAGGAAUCGCCGCCACCAGAGCCAACACCCUCACCACCACCGCAACCUCCGCCACCGCCGCGUCAGGACUCCACCAUGUCGGCUCACGCAGCAAAUGGCGCCAAUGGCCAAAGACCAGACUUCCCCAUGGGAGCUUCACAAACGCCAGGCGCUGCUCCAACGCCGCAACCUCACCACACGCAACCCAACUACACACCUCAACCGCACGCCUACCACCAGCACUCUGCCUCUCCAGCGCCAAUGCAACCACUUGGUGCAUCGCAUCCAAACAGCUUCGCCGCCGCCCUCACACCACACACAGGCGCCUACGCUGCCCCGCCUAGCGUCGCGACACCCGUCUCCACCUACUCCACCGGGCCGCCCAUGCCAUCAACCCUCUAUGCCCAACAGCUCCGCUCCCAACAACAUGCUCAGCACCUCCCCAGCAGCGCCGCUGCCGCCAAUCCCUAUGCGACUGCACCACCCGGCGCGACGCCCUACGCACCACCUCACACGCCUUACGGCGCCGCAGCGGCAGCUGCUGCGCUCGGCGGCGGCGUCCUCAACACGCAAUCGUACAAACCGGCGCAAGCGAUCGAGGUCUACCGGCUCGACGACCACACCAACGCGACUAUCCCGCCGCGCAUUCGCGCGCAAUUCCAGCAGGACGAGCAGGGCCGCGUGCUCUUCUUCACCGCGCCCCCGAUCGACGCGCUACCGCCCGGUUCUGGCGGCAGCGACGCCGAAGGCAACGCCGGUGCCGGCGGCCUUGCGCACGACGUCCGCUACCUCGCCGCCAAGAAGAAGCGCGAGGCACUCCUGCGCGAGAGGAAGCGCAAGGCGGCCGCCGAAGCAUCAUCUAACGGCGCAGAAGCAGCCAAGAAGGCCCGCACGAACGGCAGCAGCGACGCACAACAACAACAGCAGCAAGAUGAGCGCUCCCUGCGCCAGCAGAUCGAGCAGCUCACCAUCCGCGCCGCCAAGGUCCUCGAGCAGCAACUCCGCGCCGCCACCGAGCGCGACUUUAAAGAACUGUUCGCCUUCUCGUCUCCCGCUGACGGCGACGACGACGCCAUGAUCAUCGAUGGCGACAGCAGCGAGGACUGGAAGAAGCGCAUGCAGCGCGAGCUGGACCGCCUGGGCGAGACGCAGCGCGAGCUGCUGCGCAAGGAGCUGGCGCGCGAGGAGGAAGAGGAGCGGUGGAGGCGCAGGCAGGAGGUGCAGGUGACGGGGAUGCUGCCGACGUUGGAGGAUUGA